AGUUACUAGCUGCCGAGUUAAAUGAAAUUGCACAGUUACUAGAGACCAGAGAGCUUGAAACUGGUGAAGGGGAAGAUCGUAUGGGUACUAUGCAACAAGUUGGUGAUGCUCGUUUGACAUCAUAUUUUUCUCCUAUUUGUAGCUUGAUAAAUAGGUAUGAUGCAACUUGUUGUAUUUUAGAAAAACUUUCUGAGAAUGGGUCAAAUUAUUGUCAAAAUGGGGAUGCUUAUAUGGCUUAUAAUCACUUGACCACAUUUGACUUUGUAUUGGUCUUGCAUUUGAUGAGAAAUACGAUGGGGAUAACUGAUAUUCUUUGUCAAGCUUUACAACAACAACAUCCAAAUGUAGUUAAUGUCAAGCAUAUAGUUCGUUCUACCAAAGCACUGCUUCAAAAUAUGAGACAAGAUGGUUGGGAUAAGUUGUUAAAGACUGUGACAUCUUUUUGUGAUAAAAAUGGUAUUCAUGUUCCUAAGGUCGAUGCUCCGUAUGUACCAAUAUCACGGCGCGCUCGUCGCCAACAGGAGGAUCAAAUCACAUUAAUGCAGUAUUAUAGAGAACAAGUAUUUUUUAUUACCAUUGACAAGCAAAUACAAGAAUUGAAUAGCAGGUUCAGUGACCAAUCAAUGGAGUUGUUGACUCUAGGCUCUGCUUUGGUUCCUAAGGAUACUCACCAAGCUUUUAACAUUGAUAAUAUUUGCACUCUUGUAGAAAAAUAUUAUCCCAUGGAUUUCAUGAGCAGGAGAAGAUUACUUCGCGAUUUCAACUUCAACAUUUCAUUAUUGAUGCUCGUCAAGAUUCAACUUUGAAAAGCUUAUCAACUAUCCAAGAAUUGUGUGCAUGUUUGGCAGCAACGAAAAAGUCAGAAGUUUACUACUUGAUUGAUAGACUACUCCGCCUUAUCAUGACUCUUCCGGUUUCUACACCCACAACCGAAAGAUCUUCGUCAGCAAUGAAAACUUUCAAGUCUAUGUUGAAAAACAUGAUGGAAGAUGAGUUUAUACCAGAUAGCAUGAUAAUUUACAUUGAAAGGGAAAUUGCUAAAAGUUUUAGUCCUGAUUCAUUUAUUGAUGAUCUCGAGUCACUCAAUGAGUGCAAUGACUCGCAACUGUGUAGCUCUGUAAAUGGUGGCAUUGAAAGACCAUCAGAGUUGCUUGACGAAGAAGAAACUGAUGGACCUGUUCCGCUUCAAGUUGCUGAUGAUAUGGUUGAGGAUGACAUCUCAUUUAGAGCUGCAGAUUUUAGUGUACCAAACUUGGGUCUGGAAGCAAGUAGCGAUGUAACAGCCCACCUUUCUUCUGUCAGCAAGUAGAUUCAUUUGCAUAUGUAAGACUGUAGUACCUCACUUUGCUUUUGUUAAGUUCCAAUUCAGCAGAUACUUUGUGUUUGUAUAUUAAUUUAUUGCUACAGGUACUUUGAAAAGGACAGAUAGAUUUGUCUCAGUUUGGAAUUGAUACAAGCAAAUGUAAGGGUGUACUGUGUAGUACUUCCAUACUCUUAAGCCUUGCCUUAAUUAUUAUUGAUUUUGAUGAAUGUAUAUUUAUGCUGCCAGCUGUAGUUGUUUCUUCUCCUAUCAAGCAUGUUGUAGGAUAUCUAGAGCUUGUUUAGUGUAUGUGUAUAAGUAUGAUAGAAGAAUAAGCUUGUAAAGUGAGUAGUUGAGAGAUAGCUUAAGCAUAGAGUGACGGUUAUAAGGGAAAUGCUACUGAACACGAUACUUGGAGUCUUGGAAUUUUUUUCAAAGUUCCACAUCUUUUUAGGGUUCAGACCUGUGAUGGAAUUUGGUAUUUCAUGUAUUUUAGAUUAAGGAAACAAAAAGUUAAGAAAGAUAAAAGAAACUAUUAUCUGCUUAUUGUCUUGAUUAUUUAUACUCAAUAGUUAAUAAUGCUGAUUCAAUUUCCCCCCCUUUACAGACAAAUUCAACGUUAUCUUUUCUAGAUGCUUUUGAGGAUUCUGUUUCCAAGUCUGAGGAAUCUGGACAAGAUGACCAGGAUUUAAGAUCUCAAUCUUGUAACCAUCAUGACCAUAUGGAUUAAUCUAAGUAGCGUGGCUCUUUCAGUAUUUAUUUUUUUCAGUAUUGCUUUUCUACAGAUACAAGAAACUGUGUUUUUUUUGGCAAACAUAUAUUUCUGUUUAAAAAGAAAAGUUUAAUGGUUUUAAUUUAAUUGAGAUCUUUCAAGGCUAUGGAGUGAAGUACAUGAUUAAUAAAAUCCAAACCCAUAAUUUUAUUUCAUAAUCUGCAUGACCGUGUCUCUCAGAAGGUUAGAAGCUCUGAAGCAUAUAGUGAGUUGGUGACAAUAUGUUGUGUUAGUAUCUCCUACCUAGCUU